AUGAAAAGAAAGAAGGAAACCUUGGCCUACAUUGCCAAGGACUCAGUGAGGAAGGCAACCUUCAAGAAAAGGAAGCAGGGGCUGCUAAAGAAGUUGUCUGAGCUAAGCAUCCUUUGCGGAGUCAUUGCCUGUGCCAUCAUCUUCGGCCGGAAUGAUAUGCUGCCGGAGAUCUGGCCAAACAUUGAAAAAGCUCAGCAAGGCAUUCGCAAAUUCAAAGAAUUGAUAGAAGUAGAUCAGAUAAAAUUGUUGAUGAAUGCUGAAGGUUUUCUCCAGGAAAGGAUAGAAAAGUUGAAGAAGCAGCACGCUAAGAUGUCAAAAAAGAACCUAGAUCUUGAAUUGACCCUGAGGUUGGUUGAAAGCAUGUACAACAAGGAACUUCUGCUUGAAGCAAGCAUUGAAGAUGUUCGCGCAUUAUCACGCGUGGUGGCGACCAAGCAUGCCAUGGUUCAGGCUAGGUUGGAGUUACAGUGGCCUUCAUCUGCACAGACAUUGUCACCACAGCCAUUAGUACAGGCGCCACCAUUGAUGCAACAAAUAAAUGAGCAUAGAAGUGCUGCCACCAAUGAAAGAGAAAAAGAGCAAUUCAGACUACUGGAAAGUUUCCUGAAUUCUUCGGAAAACGACUUGCCGGAUUGGCCUUUAUAUUCAUCAAUCCAUGUGAGGGGUCGUGCUAAUGCUAUUCAUGAGCAAUCUCAUUUAUAG